AUGGAGGAAGCUACGGAGCCGGCGGGAAUCGCACAGCUGAUGCAGGCGCAACGCGUGAUGCAGCGCUACCUGGACAAGACGGUGGUUUGGGUUAGAGUACGAUGGGCGAUUUUUGCAGCCCUGUUGCUGAUGUUUGCCGCCAGAGUCUACCUGAAGCAGGGCUUCUUCGUAGUUUCGUAUGGCCUGGGAAUCUACAUGCUGAACUUGUUCAUCAAUUUUCUGUCGCCAGUGAUGCGCCCAGACUUCCGCGAUCCCUGGCUUGCGGGAUCUCGCUAUUGGAUUCGGCUGUUGAUCCUGAGACCGAAGAUGCUGCUCUGCCCACUUCAUCCACCGAAUAUCGGCCGCGAGCUGAGCCAGGAGUUGCCGCCUCUUUUGAAAAGCCAGGCAUGA